CAGCCCACCUGUCAGCGCAUCUGGCACCAUGGCCAACCACCUGGAGCUCAUCCACGAGCUGCAGCAGCUGGACAAGGUCCCCAGCCUAGAGCGGCUGCGGGCGGCCCAGAAGCGGCGCACGCAGCAGCUGAAGCGAUGGGCGCUCUACGAGAAGGAGAUGCAGAACAAGAAGCGCAAGGCCGACAAGCGGCGGGGCGCCGGCCACGCGCCCACCGCCGAGCCCCGCAAGCGCGUCUCCUUCGCCGCCAGCGUGGCGCUGCUCGAGGCCUCGGCGCGGAACGACCCGGACGAAGUGCGAUAUCUGCUGAAGAACAAUGUCAGCCCAGACCUGUGCAACGAGGACGGCCUCACUGCCCUGCACCAGUGCUGUAUUGAUAACUAUGAGGACAUGGUGAAGAUACUGCUGAACCGUGGGGCCAACGUCAAUGCCCAGGACAACGAGCUGUGGACGCCGCUGCACGCCGCGGCCACCUGCGGUCACGCCGGCCUGGUCAAGAUACUGAUCAGCCAUGGUGCAGACCUCCUGGCAGUUAACUCUGACGGGAACAUGCCUUACGACCUGUGCGAAGACGACCCCACUCUGGACAUCAUAGAAACGGCCAUGGCCAACCGCGGCAUCACCCAGGAGAUGAUCAAUGAGACACGGGCGGCUGUGGAGAGGAGGAUGCUGGGAGAUAUCCAGACCCUGAUCAGGGACGGCGAGGACGUCAACCUGCAGGACUCACAGGGAGCCACGCUGCUCCACAUUGCUGCGGCAAAUGGGUACGUCCAGGCAGCGGAGCUCCUGCUAGAGGGGGGAGCGAGGAUGGAGCAGCGGGACAAUGACGGGUGGCAGCCCCUCCAUGCUGCAGCCUGUUGGGGCCAAGUACAUGUGGCAGAACUGCUGGUCUCUCACGGUGCCAGUCUUAAUGCCAAGACCUUUAUGGAUGAGACCCCUAUUGACCUGUGCGAAGACGAGGAGUUCCGGACCAUGCUGCUGGACCUGAAGCACAAGCAUGACAUCAUCAUGAAGUCACAGCUCAAGCACAAAACCUCACUGUGUCGACGCACCUCCAGUGCAGGUAGCCGUGGUAAGGUGGUGCGAAGGGCCAGCCUAUCAGACAGAAACAAUCUGUACCGUAAGGAGUACGAGACGGAAGCCAUCGUGUGGAGAGGCGGGAGGGACGAAGAGGAGCGAGAGAAGGAGUCUGACCAGGAAAGCAGCCAAGCGGUGAAAACCCAGGAGAAGCCCUGGACCUCACGGUGUGGAAAGGAGGGGGUGAAACAGAACGGCUCUGUGGCCACGGGGGCGGGCUCUCCGAACCACCUCCCCUGCAACGGGGAGCCCCCAGCCUCCGAGCCCCAGGGCGUGGCACCUUCCCAGCCCCCAGAGGAGUCCUGGCCCAGGGAGCGAGCUCAGACUCUGUCCGAACUCAAGAAGCAGAGGGCCGCCGCCAAGCUCCUCAACAACCCGCUGCUGAACGGCCACCUGGGUAACGGCUCCAUGGGGUCGGUGGAAUCCAAGAUGAGCCCCGAGGAUUCCCGCAUGCCCCUAGUGUCGUCCAAUGGCAGCGCAGUUUACUACACCCCAGCCAGCGGGGACCCACCCCUCCUCAGACUGAAGCAGCCCGUUGAAGAGGUGGAGGCCAAGGGUCAUAGCUGCUGCUGCAUUUCGUAGCAGGAUGUGCAUGGACACAUGGGAAGAGGUUACACCGUGACAGAGAGAGAGGAGGUGGCCCCAGGGCACACAGAGGACAGCAUUCUUCUAGGUCCCUGUACUGGUUUCCCUCUCCUGGGAUUGCCUUUAUUGUGUCAUGUUUUGCUGGGGGGGGGGCCCUCAGAGGAAGAGUCCAACUGUGUGUGUCCAUCAGAAGGGCAAGGACAGGAAAGGUUACGGGGGCCCAGAGGUACUUCUUGAAAUUACAAAGACUGAAAAUCUCCAAAUCUACAUGGAAUAGCCUCAACCUGGGAGAAAAAAAAACAGGCACACAUCCCCGAGAACGUGUUUUUUUUCUACAUAGCGGGAGUCUUAUUUUCAUAAAAACAAAGCUACAGUGUAAACUCCAUUCCAUUUGCAUGGUAUUUCAAUGAAAAAACACAAAAACUUGGGGGUGAGAAAUGCUUCGCCAAGGCUGGGAUGUGAGCCUGUCAGUGUAUUUGGCAAAUCCCUUCAGGUGACCAAAAGAAAGAAAAGGUUGAUUUUAACAAAUGUUCAUAUUGCAACAGAGAUUCUCUCUGAGAUGGGUAUGUAGGAGGUCAGUCUCAUGUCAGCUAUUCCUGUAAAAAAAAAAAAAAAAAAAAACUGAAAUUUAAGCACUGACUGUUUCCCACAUGUUCCUCACACAUUUUGUUAUUACACAAUUGCUGAGCAAAAAACCCGCAGCUUUUCUUGUAAUUUCAGUCCAGUCACUUUGACAGUCACCAUGUCAUGAGUUACAUUGUCAAGUCACGCUGCACUCGUGUCAGAACAUAAACAGUUGUUUCAGUGUUUCAGCUUUUCAGAUUGAGGAGGCGACUUAUGCAAGAAACAAUGGAAAAAAAGCUGUAUUGUUUGAAAAAGUGUACAGUCUGUAGUUGUUAUUUAUAAAAGAAAUGUUGUGUAUAGAGGCUACUGUUUAGUAUAGGUUUUGGGGGGUAUAUUUAAGGCCUUGAGCUGCAGAUGAGAAAUCGUGUGUGUAUGGUGUGAGUGAAAGAGGCUGGGUAUUUUCUGGUACUGUGCAUUGUUCAUUUGUUUAUCUCUGAAACAGAUCCCCAGGUGAAGGAUGUAAAGUAUUACAGGGACAUAAUCCAUGCGUUGUCUGCUGGAUUCAGGAGCCGUGUUAUUACCAUGUGGUGAAAAAAGCUGUGCAGCGAGUGAAGUUGCAGCAAACCGUGUACUCAGAUUGAACUCCCAUCACUGCAAGUGCAAGGCUACCCCAUAGGGGUGACAUGUAACGUGGAGGCGGAGUCUGAAGCAGGUGUUCACGCUUGUGUAUCAAAUAGUUGUGUAGAUGCUGAAAAUCCCACAGAUUCAACUCACUGUAAAUGUUGACUUUCCAUUAAGAGGACUGCAGCUAUGUCUGAAGGUGUAAUGCUGCUCGGGAAUCCAUUACUGUACAACUAAUUCUGUCAUUUUUCGCUGGAUGGGUGUCUCUGUUGGUCAGCACUCUUCACUGAGGUCUUUCUUUUAGUGAACAGUUUUGCUCCCUUAAGCUGCUGGAUAAUCAGAGAAUUUCUAUUGAGAUGUAUCUAUUGAAAAGGUGAUGCCUGUGCUCCAUUCACAACAUUUGUGUUGUCUGGUCAAACUUAUUAAAGAAAUCAACCAACCAAAAUAACUUCAGGCUUGCAAGAUUGAAUAUGUUUAGAUGCAUAUGUAAAAAAAAAAAAAAGAACUGUUAUACGUUGCAUUAAUUGUCUUGUCAUGUCUGCAUGCUUCAGGGUUCUAGAAACAGGAGUACUGUAUCUGCUGAAGUGAAAUACAGAAAAAAAAAGAAAUGAGUGAGGAAAGGGAAGUCCUUGAUGAGGUGGGCAAUACUGGGUGACCAUACCGUCCACUUUCUGUGUUAAUGUCCUUAGGUCUGUGCAGAGGUACAUAAAGUAAGAGCCACUACUGACAGCCCAGAUUUCUGGUGCUUUCUCUGGGUGCCAAAGUGUGCAUGCAGUGCCAGCCAUGAUGGACUGUUUUAAGCAGGAAAUGGGCCACAUGCUUGGAAAGGCGCUUUCCAAGCAAGGCAGAGAGCACCUGAUCUAAGCCCCUGCAAGUCUGGGACUCACAGAUUUCCCUCCAGUCUAGUUACCUUAGCACUUCCACAGCCUCUGCCCUGUUGAAGCUGUGUACAGUUGUGUAAAUAUGUUUCUGUUUUUGGUUGGUUGUUAAAGAAAAUGCUAUAGUUAUUGUUGUUGCCAUUGUGACAAUGACUUUUUUUCUUAGAAUGUCAGAGGUUUAUUUGUACUCUGGCCAUGCACAACUUUCAGUGUCAGAAGUAUAUUACUUACAAUGUAAAUAAGAAUUGUUUCCAGAAGGAGCAUUUUGGUUUUUUUCAGUGAAUGCCUAGAUAACUCCAAAUUGCCAUGAAAAGGUUUUAUAUGUACACACACACACACACACACACACACACAUACACAUGUGAAGCAGGAAUUGUUUUAAAUCAGAGCAUGAAAGGUGAGAAAGCUCUUGAGUCCAGUAUUUCCAUUGACCAUGGGCUCCAAUACUCCUCAGAUAUACUGUAGCAUAUUUAAAGUACCCUAAUCAUGUUCCAGAACUGAGAAAGCAGUGGGCCAAAGGUUGAUGUACUCCAGUCAGGUCAGAAGUAGGAAGAACAUGAAAUGUUUGAAGGGUAGAUCUGACUUAAAAAUUCACUUCUUCCACUUUUUAUCCACUGUGUUUUUUCUCGUAUUAGUGUUUCCGAGGACUCGGUAUCAGAGGUCAGAUCCUGACGGCUGAUAAAUGAAUUCUGUUCUCUGAUUAUGUAUUAGAGCUUAUAUUGUUA